AUGAGAAUAAUACAAUAUGGUAAGACAGAUAAAAAAAUAAAGUUUGCAUGCAACAAUAUUAAUAAUCAUGUCGGGCUAUGAAAUAACCAAAGAUAAAUAGUAUACCACUGGUAAGAUCUACUUUAUCCUAAAGUUAAUUAUUAAUUCUCCAUAACAUUACUGUUACAGUGACAGAAUCACUUCCAUUCCAUGUUUCUCUGACCCUUCUUCUUUUGCCAAUUACGAAGCCUUUUCUUUUCAACCUGUUUUGUUUUCUUUUAUGUACUAUUGAAAACAAAAACAUUGUCUUGAAAGUUGGAAAAAUCAAUGGCUACUAACAAGUUUGCAACCAUGUUACAUAGAAAAACCAACAACAAAAUAGUUGUAAUUCUAGUUUAUGCAUUUCUUGAAUGGAUCUUAAUUCUACUCCUUCUUCUAAACUCUUUGUUUAGUUAUCUUAUCACAAAAUUUGCCAAAUUCUUUGGCCUUAAACCACCUUGUAUUUUCUGUUCAAGGCUUGAUCAUGUUCAUACUGAUCUUGUUUGUGAGACUCAUGCAGCUGAGAUUUCAAACCUUGGUUACUGCUCAAAUCAUCAAAGAUUAUCAGAAGUGAAAAGCAUGUGUGAAAAUUGCUUGGCAUCUAGGCCAAAUCAUCAUGAAGUUGAAAAUUUCUUUGGUAUGAGACAUAAGAUUGGUUUUAUUUCAUUGGUGAGUCCUGAAAAACAUGAUGAAAAUGGUGAGAGUUUAAAUAGGUGUUCUUGCUGCAAUGAGUGUUUGAAAAACCAAUUUUACCCUCCUUGGGAUGAUAGAAACUAUCUAAGCAAAGGUUGUCUCAUUGUUGAAUCAAUUGAAGAUGAUGAAAAAGAAAGUGAUAAGUAUCUUGAAUUUGAGAUAAACAAUGGACAAGAACAUGUUCAUGAUCAUGAUCAUGAUGAUGAGGUAUCAGAUGAGCAUCAGAUACUUUUUGAUAUUGAAAGUUUUAUCCUUAGAGAAGUGGCUGAGGAUCGAUCGAGUUCGGUUUCAAACUUGAACUCUGAUGAAAAGGAUGCAGAAAAAGAUGAUCCAAGUGUUGCUGAUUCUCCUAUUAUGCAGGUUUCACAUUGUCAAGAUAGAUCGCUUGAAAUCAUCAAUAAGCACUUUGAAAAGAAAGAUGAUCCAAGUGGUGCUGAUAAUUUUAUUCAUCCAUUUUCUGAUACUCCUAUUAUGAAGCUUUCACACUUGGAAGAUAGAUCAAUUGAAAUCAUCAGUAUGAACUUUGAGAAUUAUGUAGCUUGUGGCGACGACCGGUUGAUACCUGUUAAGUUAAUAGACUCUAUCACUUGUGUAGAUUUUGAAUCAUGCAAAUUGAUUGAGGAUCCGAAGGAGGGGAAGCAGAUGAUUCAAACUUUUGCAAGUGAGUUACCAGUUGAGCCGCGACCGAGUAUCUUAGAAGGGGAAGUUUUACUCUCAAUGGAUGAGAAUGUAGUUCAAACUUUGGAAGUUGAAGGGUUAAAUCAGAUUUCAGUAGUUCAAACUUCUGUGAAUGAUGAUAAUAGUAUUGAAGCAGUCACAGAAGAACCAGAUAAUGCACAAGUUGAUCUUUUUCGAUCUCAAGAACGGAUCUGUUCGUAUGAAUGCACAGAAGAAGAUGAAUCUGAAUCAAGUGAUGAUGAUGAUGCUGAAGCUCAAAAUGCCUUUGAAAAAUUCAUUUCUCAGAAUAAGCUAAGUAUGUCUCGCAGUUUAUCGAAUGAUGAGAAAAGUUUAGAAGCAGAUAUGGAAGAACAAGAAAAUACUUCAGCAGAAGAAGAUCAAUCCAUACCAGAAGAUCAAUCUUCUACAAGUGAUGAUGACAUUGAAGUUCCUAAUGCAUUUGAUGAAUUCAUUGCAAAUAACAAUCUAUAUACCGAUAAAAUCGGUGUAAAUGAUAAUGAAAUGGCUGAGAAAACAACAUCAUUUGAAAAUGUUGAGGAGGAAACAAUCCAUCAAUCAUGCCCAGAAACAUGUGAAGUAGAAGAAGAUAAACUUCCUGAAACUCCUACUUCAGCAGAUGCAAUGCUCUACAUGCAUAGGAAAUUGAUGCUGUAUGAGAAAAGAGAAUCAGGAGCAGAAGAAUCUGUGGAUGGUAGUGUUGCAAGUGAGGUUGAAUCCGGUGAUCCGGUGUUAACAAUCGACCGGCUAAAAACAGCACUAAAAAACGAACAAAGAGCUCUCAGUGUUAUAUAUCAAGAACUAGAAGAAGAGAGAAGUGCAUCAGCCAUAGCUACAAAUCAAACAAUGGCAAUGAUUACAAGGCUGCAGGAAGAAAAAGCAGCAAUGCAGAUGGAAGCAUUGCAAUACCAAAGAAUGAUGGAAGAACAGGCGGAAUAUGAUCAAGAAGCUUUACAGCUUUUGAACGAUUUAAUGACGAAAAGAGAGCGAGAGAAGCAAGAACUUGAGAAAGAAUUGGAAGAGUAUAGGGAAAAAGUUAUGGAAUAUGAAGCAAAAGAGAAACUAAGUUUGUUGAGAAGAAUGAAAGAUGGAAGUGUAAGAAGUAGAGACUCUUCUUGUUCUUGUUGCAACACCGGAUACACCGAUGAAUUAUCGAUCGAUCUUAACAAUGAAGAAAAGGAAGACGAUAACAAUGAAAAUGCUGAUGAUUCAGUUUCUAAGUUGGAAGAGAUGGCAUUAGAUUGUGUAAAACAUGUAAGUGAACUUGAUAGUACUUUAGAAGAAUUUGAGGAAGAAAAAGCUUCUAUUUUAGAUCAACUCAAAGCAUUAGAGGAAAAGAUAGUUUCAUUGGAAGAUGGUGAAGAGUUUCUUGAAGAGAGUUCAUCAAGAUAUGGUGACAAAGAAGACUAUUCUAAUGGUUGCUUGGCAAAGAAGUUACUUCCAUAUUUAGAUGAAGCUGACAAUGAAAAUGAUGAAGAAGCAUUUGCAUAUGACAGAGAAUUGGAGAAUGGAUCAAAUGAUAUGCAAAUGCAAAACACAGUUCCGAUAAUAAGUGAAAUGGAUAGCAUGAAAGUGUGUAUUGAAGAAGAAGUUGAUCGCGUUUACGACAGGUUACAAGCUCUUGAAACAGAUAGAGAGUUUCUACAACAUUGUAUGGGAUCCAUACAAAAUGGUGGUGAUGAAGGAAAAGAUUUGCUUCAAGAAAUCUUGCAACAUCUUCGUGAUCUUAAGAAUGUUGAACUACGCCUUAAGGAUCUCGACAAUGAUCCAUCCAGUAUAGUUAUGUUGCAUUCACCAAGCAAAGACUUGUAGGCAUAAGCUUGCUAUGUUGGAGGUGAUCAUGAUGAAAAUACACAUGUAGGAUUUCAGAGAGUCAAUUCUCAAAGUGCUUCAUGUAGAAGCAUGCUAACCAAAAGUUAUUUCUAGUGUCAUGUAAUGGUUUGUUGAAUUGGUGAUGUGCAUACUACAAAUUUAAAGUAUGUGUUCAUAUCAUAUCUAAGCUGUGAGUUUGGGCUAUUUACAAUUAAAAAUUGUAUGAGGCCCAUUAUGUUGAAAGAGAGGAGAAGGAACAUCAUCAUUUGGUCUCUCCAAGAGAAAAUCAUGUGUGGAUCAAUGUGUAUAAAUGGACGCUACUUUGACUUUGCUACUAAAAAAACUU